ACAGUUAACAAUGUGUUUACGGUAUAUGACCACCAGAGGGACAGGUGUGUCUACACUUGUGUUCUAUCCAUCGUCACUCUUUACUGUUAAGGCAUCAAUCAUAUGGUCUACCCAACAUCGAGAUGGUUAACACAAAAGACUACUCUCGCCUGUCCUCAUCGGAAGAUGAUUCUCUCAAUGUCCCUCGGCGGGAAUGGCGGUUAUCGGCUCUACAAAAAGCCUUCUUCUCAUCUAUUAUCUUAAUAGGUAUGAUUUGUAUGGUUACUCUUGGUUUCAUCCUUGGCUCUUGGUACGGACAUAUGUCAAGCUACACCUCUAUCGAGCCUGGUGGCGACUUGCACUACUAUAUGCGCUUCAAUGGAUCCUAUCCUCAAAGGUCGAGUCUACAAAGUGAUGCUCUAUGGGACUCAUUAUUUCCAGAAAAGAAAGGCUUUGUUAAACAUCCGAAGCUUGCUCCGAAUGUUGCUGGAAUUGCUGUUUUUCAUGAACUUCAUUGCUUAAACAUCCUUAGGAUGGCUUUUUUUGCAUCAGUGGACGGAUUACUGGAGGAAAUGGGAGCAGAAAGCGAGGAAAUGAACCACCGCACCAGCCAUCAUCACAUCCGUCAUUGUUUUGAAUAUCUUCGGCAGUCAUUGAUUUGUCUCGCGGAUUCAAAUCUUGAGUCAAUGAACUACACCACUCGGGGAGUCUCCGGAUGGCAAACUGAACGGACAUGCAGGGAUUUUGAGCGGUUAAAAUCAUGGGCUGAUGAUUGGGGUAUCUCCAAGGAGGACGCUCUACACAAUUGGGACAGUCAAGGGCACUUUGAUGGUGAUAGCAGUUCUAUGUAGUUUAUCAAUGUGGUUCUUUCUUAGCUGUAAUAUGCUCUGGUCCCAGGCUUUCUGGAUUCGGUAAUACCCCUGGUCGGAAUAUGUCAACAGCGCGCUCUCGAGUCCAAGCAGUGAGCGAUUCGAAAUCAAUGCACUGAUGAGAGCCCCAACUCCGGGCUGUCACGUCGUUGCUUCCUUGUAGGUAUGUGUAGGUAGCCAGAGAGACAUCUCCUCUACACAUUAUACCUUGUCUCAACGUCUCGAUGCAAUGAUC